AUGUCCACGAUUUCCGCCGACAAGCCAAUACCGAGAUCCCCGCAAACGCCUGGCCAGAGCGUAAGCCGUGAUGGGCCAACGCCCAGGCCGACAAAGCCCAAGUCGCGAUCGCGGUCGGGAUGUGUGACUUGCAAAGAGAAACAUUUGAAAUGCGACGAGACGAAGCCCUUUUGCCAAAUGUGCCAGAGCAAAGGAAGCAAGUGCGGCGGCUACCAACAACAAUUGCGAUGGUCCUAUAAAUACGAGACAGCUGUACGCAAAAGACGAAAAGACACGAAGCCCGCAAAACCAGCAAAACCAGCACAGAAUCAGAAAUCGAUCCCAAUAUCUAGCCACCCGGUGGCAAUACGACCUCGCUCGCCAGCGCAGAACGGUCUGGCCCAACCGAAGCAAAAUGUUGCUAUCCACGAUACCGUACCCGAAACCGAGUGGCAGGCUGCAUUGGCAUCUCUAAGGGCGUUGGAGGAUAAUUAUGACGGCAGCGAUGACAAUCUAUAUUGUUUUGGAAGCGAUGCCACUGAGGUUACUGUGCUGGACGAUGAUAUACCUGAUUUAAUCGAUAACGACAUGGACUUUUCAUCACAACUUGAAAUUGUACCACUAUCAAGAUCCAAUGACCAUUCUGGAAACCUCAUUAGAGAUAAUGCUGCCGGCGGAUGGACGCACAUGAACCAGCAAGUAUCAGACACGACCAGCGCUGUCAUCUUCCCGUCUCUCAUAGACACGCCUUCUAUUUUGAUCACGCAUUGGUUUGAGCGGGUCUGUGCCGUGUGGUCGGGUUACGACUCACAUUUGAACCUGAAUAGGUCAUUGGCAUUGAACCUCUGGCAGCAGUCCGAGACAGUAUCAAAUUGCCUCCAGAGCAUGUCAGCGGCCCUGAUGACGGCAACAUCGCCGGAGAUGAAACAAACCUCCCUGCGUUUACUCAAGGAUGCUACUUCGACAGUCAAUCGGGAGCUAAGCGUAAUCCAUUCAACACCACAGCUUGAAAAUAUCCCAGUCAGCUUGCUCUUUUCCCUGCUCUGCCUGGGCACUUCAGUCUGUUGGACCGAGGCGACGUAUUUGGGCGUCCCCUUUUUGAGAGAGGCACGGGCAUUGAUGAGCCGGAUCAACGCCCGAGGACUACCUUUGAGUGCCGAAAACAAACAAAUCCUAUCCUAUUUUGACAAAAGCCUGGUGUAUUGCGAUAUGCUUCUAGCUAUGGUAGGAUACGGGGAUAUACCCCAGGACGAGAAGGUUGAAGAUGAGGGGACGCCCCAUCCCUGGACCGGAAUCUCGACAGCAUCAUACCGGCUGUUUGCUCGGGCAGUAACACUGUGCCAAACCUUUCGCCGUGGUUCUCAGCAACCUAGAACAACCACGGAGUUUUUGCAAAAUGCACUAAAACAGAUUGAGGAAGCACAGAGCAUUGAGGAACAGGUAUUAGCGAUGGAGACACCUGCUGAGACGGAUCUUGGUGAGACCGGUGACCAAAGAACGCCGAGAGCACACCUUGUGAGCUUGGCAGAAGCAUACCGAUUGGCCUCACUGGUGCAUCUAUAUCAAACCUUCCCUGAUCUCGCCGCUCGCCGCUUACCUCGAGACUCAUGGCCCGCUAGAAAUGCACAGGCUUCGCUCGAUACUUGGAUAGUCGCUCUCAGCCUCCGUCUCAUAGAAACACUCAAAGACAUUCCUCCCAACUCCGGGAGCCGAAUGAUGCAACCUGCGCUAUACAUCUCCGCGAGCACAGGACUCAAGCUAAACCUUCCGAUUCUCAAUUCCGAGGACAGCCUCGUGCAACUCAGAAGCGGGCCUUCACAUAAUGGUCGGACUUCGCUUGAUCACGAGGAUUGCGAAAUAUCGGAGUACAUGUCUCACUUAUGUGGCUUUGGAUCAGAAAACACGUCUUCAUCAGAGAAUUUGUCAAUGCACUCCGCGUUUGGGGUUGAAGAGGCCCGGAAUUUCGUACUUGAGCGUCUUGAUAUUUUUGAAUAUACGUUACCACCUAACCCUAUUAUUGUUGCUAAGGAACUUGUCAAGGCUAUUUGGGCAGCCUAUGAUGCAGAUGUUUCUGGUCAAUACCCCAUUCAUUGGAUUGAUAUUAUGCAAUCGAGGAAUUUGCGUUCGUUAUUUGGAUAG